CACAUACAUAUAGAAAAUGCUGAAGCUGCACAAGUCCAGGUGCGAGCACCUGUUAAUAACCAUCAGCCUGCUAAUCUAUACCGGGAACCAGCUGAAUGUCGUCAGCGCAACGACACAGAUGGACUGGAGGCCCAUACCGCAGCUCUGUGAUCCCAUACAAUGUCCGGCUGAUGCGGACAUGGAGUGCCCGGAGGACAGCGCUAUACGGGAGAUGCGCGAGAUAAGCGCCGUGAAUCUGUUGAGCUCGAAUGCGGUCGGCGGCAGCCCCAGCGGGGCAAUGGAGACAACGGAGCGCAGUGUCUACAACAGCAGCCAGGUGCCGGACGAGCUGUUCGCCCUCUGUUGUCUGUCCAAGAAGUGCAUGUGCAAGACGUGCUACAACAUACCCGGCUGCAACACGGAGGAGGGCGAGGUUGUGGUCGAGCUGCAGCCGGAGGAUAUGAACACGCCGGGCCACUGCUGUGGCAAGUACGAAUGCAAGCCGGAGCCCAACUGUUCGGACGUGCGAAACACGAACUAUUACUGGCUGCAGAGCUGCCAGCGCUGUCUGUGCAACUCCGGGGCGCGCAUUUGCCAGCAGAGCUGUGACGAGGGCAAGAAUGCCAUCUGCGAGUCAAAGAACCUGAACAUGUACUUCAAGGACGGCGACAGCUGGAAGGACGGCUGCUAUCAGUGCGAGUGCGUAAAGGGCGAACAGAAGUGCGUGAUACCGCUCUGUGCCCAUGUCAAUUGCCCCAGCGAGCGUCAGGUGAUGAUCAAGGACCACUGCUGUCCCGUCUGCUGGCCCAAGGGUGCGCCCAUGCCCCACGAGAAGCCCAGCAACUAUGACGACGGCUAUGGCUACGACCACGAGGAGCCAGCACAGCCAGAAACAGAUACCGAUUCCGAUGCCGAUGCCGACACUGACACAGAAGCUGAAACUGAAACUGAAACUGAAUUGCCUGUGGUGCCGCUGGCAGAUGAGAUUAUCGUCAGCAGCACCACCACAACCACCAGCAGCAGCACCGCCAGUCGUCCGAGCGCCACACCAAAUGCUGAACUAAUCGACUUUCCCCGGGUGGACGCCUCAGCUCCGCCCUGCCAGCCGCCCGACUUUCCCAAAGUUGUGGAGGUCGUGCAACGGGAUAAUUUGCCCAACAAUGUUAAGCACAUUGCAAUUGUAGUGCUCACCCUCAUAUCAUUGUCCGAGUACUUGUAUAUAAGGCGUCUGCUGGCCAAACAGCGUUCCUACAGGCCCGUCUCCAACUUUGAUGACAAGGUCUAGAAAGCGAAAGAGUAGAAGAAGCAGAAUAAAGCAAAGCAAAACAUGAAAUAGAGAAAGGGAAAGAGAAACAAUUCAAAUGCAACUUUUCAUAGCAAGCAAAAACUAUUAACUAGAAAUUUUGUUUUUUUUUUAAUACUAUUAUUAUUAUUUGAUUACCAUAGAUAUAUAUCUAUAUAUUUUGUUGUUUUGGUAUCUAAAAGAUCUCAUUUUAAUUUCACCCUCACUUCCAUGCAGACAUACGCCGACGCAAAAGCAAAGUAUUCUUAUGAAAUUACGCGCAAACAAAAGUUACUAUAAAA